UCCCGCCGCACCGCCCACACCAUGUACGCCCCGCCACGGCCCGGCCACGCGCCGCCGCAGAUGCAGCAGCAGCAGAUGCCGCCGCAGAUGCAGCAGAUGCAGCAGCAGCAGCACGCCCAGAUGCAGCACGCCGGCGCCUCGGGCUCGGCGGCGCGCAAGCGCAAGCCCUCGUCGCAGCCGCACCCGGGCGCGCCGCACAUGCCCGGCGGCUAUGCCUAUGCCGGCGCACCCGGCAUGCCCAUGACGCCGCAGCAGCAGCAGCAUCCGUACGCCGGCCCGUACGGCGCGCCGCCGUUCGUGCAGCAGGUGCCGCCGCCGCCGUCGGGCAUGGCGUGGGGCACGCGCGACGACGACCGCCUGUCCGACUUUCUGCUCGACGACAUGGACCGCGUGACACCGCGCGACCUCGCCGUCGCCCGCUACCGCCGCAACCACGAGCUGCUGCAGGGCGUCUUCGAUGCGCGCCGGCUCGAGCACCUGCCGCUGCCGCCGCCGUCGCCGUAUGCGGACAAGUCGCCGGAGAAGCUGCGCGCCGAGCUCGCUGCGACGCUCGCGGCCACACAGAGCGCCACCGAGGCGCACGCGGCGCGUCUCGAGGCGGUGCGUGCCGAUCUGGCGCACGCCGCCGCGCCGCCAGCAAGCAGCAGCAGUGCCGCUCAGGCGCCGCGCGAGCCAUGGCAGGAGGCGCCGGGCGAGGGCGAGAUCGUGGCCGUCGGCUUCGUGCGCGCCCGCACGCCCGACGAGGUGCGCCGCACGCGCCCGCGCCUCGUGCAGCCCGAGCCUGCCGCCGCUCCGCCGCCGCCGGCCGCGCAGCCGCCGCAGGACACACAGAUGGCCACACCGCCGCUGCCACAACAGAGCCCUGCUGUGCCGAGCGCCGCCGCAAGCGUGCCAGCGGUCGCUGCCGCUCCUCUCGCGCCUGCAGCAGUGCAGGACGUGGUGAUGCAGCCUGCUCAGGCGGUGGCCGCCGCAGGAACGACAGCACCACCCUCGGUCGCCAGCUCUGCACUUCCGCCAACACAGGCUGUCGCGGUGCCAGAGAGCUCCGUGCCUUCGCUGCCAGCUACGACGGCUGCUGCGGAGGCGCCCUCUUCUGCGCCAAGUGCGCAACAACCGGCAGCACCGGAAGCUGCCUUGCCGCCAAGCGCGCCAGUCGAAGCCGCUGCUGCACCAGCCAGCGCCGCUGUCACCCCGUCUGCCGCACCAGAAGUGGCCGUUCCUGCUCCUGCGGAGGUCAGCGCCCCCUCAACGAGUGCCGACAUCAGCGGCACGUCCGACUCGGCGCCAGUUGUGGCACUACCUGUCGCCGAGGCUGCGCCUGUGCCGAUCCAGGCUGCUACCAGCUUGACCGGCGCAUCAGACAACAUCGAGCCGGCUCCUGUCGAUGCCGAGAAGGUUGCCGAGUCGGUUGCCGCCGCCGCUGCAGUGCAGACGGAGCCUUCGGCGCCUGCAGCAUCGGCAGACGCCAGCGUCUCGGCGCCUAAGCCAGCAGAGACCGCGCCGCCCUCGACCGAGACGGCAGCAGCUCCGGCUGCAGUUGCGCCUCAGACUGCUGGGCCCGCUGCCAGCGCGCCUGGCGAAGCCCCAGCCGCGCCUGCGCCAGCCGAGCCCGUCGCCGUCGAUGCAGUGCCAGCCGAGGCCGCGAGCCAGUCGCAAUCGGCGGAAGCAGCUGCACCUGGCGAUGCGGCACCUCCGGGUGCCUAGCUGCACGGAUGUUAACUUGCACGGGCUGUCUGGAAUGUCAUCGUUGCUCUCGACGCCCCGCAUGCUAGCGGACGGGGACCCGACGCGCAUGUGCGAGGCAAGACACGGCUGUGGCGGCGCUGGCCUCCGCGCUGUCCUCUCUCUCUCUCUCUCUCUCUCUCUCUCUCUCUCUCGCUGUGUCACUGGCUCUCCCACUGGAUUUCAACG